UGUGUUGCCAGGACAACACUGAUCAUCAACUUCGCCACAUUCGGCAUCACGCUAACUGGAGUAAACAUUUAUUAAAAAAAUAUUUGCUAAGAUUACUUAAAACCUUUUGUGAGUUGUAUUGGGAAUGCUUGGACGUUAUAAUGGCUGUUCCUGUAUGGGCUCUGUCCCUCCCUCUGCCUGCCAUCAUCAUGAUCUCAGUGGGGAUCUAUAUGAUUUUCCUUGCGGGUGUGUUGUGGUGUCAUCAUUGUCUCAAGGCCAAGUGUGAUCCUCAGUGUUCAGAUUGUUGUGCGAGUUUCUCUCCUUGUGAGUACUGUUUAGUGUGUGCCCAGUCAUGUGAUUGUCGUCCACCCUCUCUGCGCUCCUGUCUUGACUACUCUUGCCCUUCCCCUAAUUGUGCGAUGUGGGAUUGUGCCUGUACCUGUCAACCUCCAGAGUGUGACUCCAUCAACUGCUUCUGCUUUGAGAUCAAGUUUAAGUAAAAGGAUAAAGGGACCGUGGAUGGCCCUCCUCACAAUAAAUGAUGCCUUAAAAACUGCCUAAGUCACAGUUAGCUAUGACACAAGACACAAAAGAUUACUUUGUAAGUGUUCUGUAAUGAUAGGAUUCUUUGGCAGACAUUAUUACACCCUUCCUGAAAAACUUAAUCCUUUGGCAUUAACGUUUCAAACGUUUGAGAAGAUUUUAGAUGUGUUUAUUAGUGUUAUACAUAAUUACACGACAUGAAUAAACCAACACCAAGCCAAAAGAGUUAUUUGGUAGAAAGAAAGCAGAGCUUGGUUUUAUGCAGUGCCAUACUUUUAAAGAAUUAAGUAUGCUGCUUGCACAUCAAUCAGUAUACAUUUUGACAAAACAGUUUUAUGUAUUUAUAAUGUCAUUUCAUUUCAAAGUGUUUAGCAGUUAUACUUAUUUUUUUCUUUUGUGAAAUAUGAUACAGAUAUGGAUGUUGUGUGGCCAGAUUUUGAUAUUCUCAGAUCCUGAAUACAUUACUAUGGCUUUUAUAUCGCCCGUUCUUGUCAGACAGCAACUGCAAUCCUUUACUGUAAUUUUUUUAUGUAUUUUAUAAGUGUACAUUUUUUUAAAGAAUUAAAGAUUUUUACAAGG